AUGGCUCGUCUCACAACUCUUCUCUUUGCCAUGUGGCUUGGUGUGACAGUGAGCACAGUGGUGGAUCUGGAGAAGAGAGUCCCCGGAGGACAACCGUGUCUAUCAAAUGAGCGUCAGUACAAUGUCCCGCUGGUAGACACUAAUGGAAACAAUUUCGUGUGUAGCGGCUCUCUGAUCACUAACCAGUGGAUUCUGACUGCAGGUCACUGCUUUGUGCCAGGACGGACGUACACCGCAUAUAUAGGCAAGCAUGGUGGUACUCUUCAAGAAGUGCAGAUCACAGAUCCACCUGUGAUCUUCGCAGACGACAUCUACGGCACACAACACGACCUCAUGUUACUGAAGCUGCCUGCAGCAGUUGUUGGUAUAAAUCCUGUACCAGAUCCCGACUGUGGAAAUCCUCCCAAGAUAAAUGAUAAGGUUCAGAUUGCAGGUCACGGUUCCAUACAGAUUGGCCCACAAAAUGAAAGAAGUGUGGUAGUGAGCACAGUGGUUGAUCUAGAGAAGAGAAUCCUAGGAAUCCUAUCCUCUAACGCAAAGGUCUUCAACAGGGGGUCCGCGACCCCUAGGGGGUCCGCAGAGGUACUGCGGGGGGUCAAAUCUUUGGUUGAUUAG